CAGCGCAGAGUUCUGGGGAGGAGGGUCUAAGUCAGUCUGAGAGGAACCUGAACAAAGGAAAGGCAAGAGGAAAGGAGACAAGGGCUCCAGGGAAGUAAUGAAGAGAAACAUAUGCCAAAGUCCAUUGUGAGAUAAAGAGGCAACAAUCAACACUUUUUUGGCAGCCAUGAGCCAAACACCAGCUACUCCAGAAUCACUGAGCAACGAGCCUGAAGGAAAAAGCUUUGCCUUUGAAAUUCCUGACAUUAUUGUUGUGGUUGUUUACUUCAUCUUUGUCCUUGCUCUUGGAAUAUGGUCUUCUCUGCGAGCCACUCGGGGAACAGUGGGAGGUUAUUUCUUGGCUGGAAGAUCCAUGACAUGGUGGCCUAUUGGAGCAUCUCUGAUGUCCAGCAAUGUGGGGAGUGGUUUAUUUAUUGGCCUAGCAGGCACAGGAGCUGCCGGAGGGCUUGCAGUUGGAGGCUUUGAGUGGAAUGCUACCUGGGCAUUGCUGGUCCUUGGCUGGAUCUUUGUGCCAGUUUACAUUGCUGCAGGAGUAGUCACAAUGCCAGAAUACCUGAAGAAAAGAUUUGGAGGACAGAGGAUUCAAAUCUACCUGUCUGUGCUGUCUCUUAUCCUGUAUAUAUUCACCAAGAUAUCAACAGAUAUUUUCUCUGGUGCACUUUUUAUCCAAAUCUCCUUGGGUUGGAACCUUUACCUGUCUACAGUGAUCUUGUUAGUGGUGACAGCCAUCUACACUAUAGCUGGUGGUUUAACUGCAGUGAUAUACACAGAUGCUCUGCAGACUGUGAUCAUGGUGCUUGGAGCUUUGGUUCUCAUGUUCUUAGGCUUUGAGAAAGUUGGGUGGUAUGAAGGGCUGCAAGAGAAGUAUAGUAGAGCAAUACCCAGUGUCAUUGUCCCAAAUACUACUUGUCAUUUGCCACGCCAAGAUGCCUUCCACAUGCUCAGAGAUCCUGUUACUGGGGAUAUUCCCUGGCCUGGGCUUAUUUUUGGCCUCUCAGUACUUGCUCUUUGGUGCUGGUGCACUGAUCAGGUCAUUGUGCAAAGGUCUCUCUCAGCAAAGAACCUUUCUCAUGCUAAAGGUGGAUCUGUGCUGGGUGGAUAUUUGAAAAUCUUCCCUAUGUUUUUCAUUGUCAUGCCUGGCAUGAUCAGCAGAGCUCUUUUUCCAGAUGAUGUGGGAUGCGUAGACCCAGCAAUCUGUGAGAAAGUCUGUGGAGCUAAAGUUGGCUGUUCAAACAUUGCCUACCCUAAACUGGUAGUGGAACUCAUGCCUGUAGGCCUGCGUGGGCUGAUGAUUGCAGUGAUGAUGGCUGCCUUAAUGAGUUCUCUCACCUCUAUCUUCAAUAGCAGCAGCACACUCUUCGCCAUAGAUAUCUGGCAGCGACUUCGUAAGAAGGCCACCGAGCAGGAACUCAUGAUUGUCGGAAGGGUGUUUGUUCUGAUUCUCGUUGCCAUCAGCAUUCUCUGGAUCCCCAUCAUCCAGACAGCCAACAGCGGUCAGCUCUUUGACUACAUUCAGUCAAUAACCAGUUACCUAGCGCCACCCAUCACUGCACUCUUCAUUCUAGCAAUCUUCUGCAAGAGGAUCAAUGAGCCAGGUGCAUUCUGGGGCCUGAUGUUUGGCCUAAUCAUCGGUCUUAUUCGGAUGAUUAUGGAGUUUAUUUACAGGGUGCCUUCCUGUGGUGAGGAGGACAAAAGGCCAGCUGUGUUGAAAAACAUGCACUAUUUGUACUUCGCUAUCAUCUUGUGUGCACUCACGGCCAUUGUUAUUUUCUUAGUUAGUCUUUGCACACCACCAAUUCCAGAGGAAAAACUUGCUCGAUUAACAUGGUGGACUAGACAUAUUAAAACUCCAGAAAUAAGCUUUGAGAAUCACAUGCACCAAUGUGCAGAGAUGACUUCUAAUAAGGAAGAGAAUGGGUUGGAUUCUACUUCAUGGGAGAAUGAUGAUUUAGAACAUAAAAAAUAUACAGAAGUAAAACAUCCUUGCUGGAAGAAAGUGUAUUUCUGGUUCUGUGGUAUUUCCACCACUCCAGAGCCCACUUUAACCAGAGAGGAGCAAGCAGCCCUUGAAAGGAAACUUACCAGCAUCAAGGAAGAGCCAUUGUGGAAAACCGUUUGCAACAUUAAUGCUAUCAUUCUCUUGGCUAUUAACAUCUUCUUAUGGGGCUACUUUGGAUGAACCAAAGCUUCUAGGGAACUCAAAUGAGAACACAACUGGCUGGUCAGGCUUGCUAUAGAAGAAACACCAACUAAAGGCACCAACUAAAGGAAACAGAUUUAUCUUGUGGCAAUAACUCCAACACAUAACUUGAAUGAGGAUCUACAGGGUGGCAGGACGCUGGGGUUUUCUGUAUAAGGUUUUUUAAAAUGUCUGUCCUGGCCCCAUAGGCCAGGACAAGUUUAUUCCCUGAGUUCUGCAGGCAUUUCAUUGCCUUUAGUUUUCACUUCAAGUCCCUCUCCAUUUUCUUUUGAGACCACUUUUACCCCAUUUUUUUUCCUGAAAGCCAAUUUUGAGUUGAUUUCCGCCCCCCUCAUGCAUAAUGUUUCUUUUGGUUUUGUUAGUCUUACCCAUUCUCACCCACUUCUGACUCAAUUUUGAUUAUUGGAUACUCAUCAUCUUCAAACCACUACUCGCCUUCCUUCUUUAUCCCCUUUCUGGUUUUGUUUUAAUCUUUUUUAAUAGUCCAUUUCAUAUUUAUAUAUCAACCUGCCAUUGCAAUAAUAGGUGCAGUGGGUUCUCAAUUCCUAGCUUUCAUUUUUUUAAAUAAGUAAAUCUCUAGCCCCUUCCCUUGUGUAUCAGGAAAAAGGCAUAUCUGUGCAAUGGAAGGGGCUGGAAACUUACUUUUUUUAAAUUGUCAAUUUCAUAUUGAUAGAUUGUCCUCACACUGUAAUAAAAGGUGCAGCUGACUCUCUGAAUUCCGAACUUUCAUUUUAAAAAUAAAGUAAGUUGCUAGCUCUUUCCAUUGCAGAAAUAUGACUUUUUUCUUUUUUACCUGCAAGGGAAGAGGCUAAAGAUUUUUUAAAAAAUGAAAGCUAGGAAUUCAGAGAAUCUGCUGCAUCUUUUAUUACCAUGUUAGAUCAAUCUAUCCAUAUGAAAUAGGCAAUUAAAAAAAAAAUUGCAAAGCUCUGGUGGUACAGGGGAGGGGAAGUAGCCGCUUCUGGUGCCAGAAAAAAGCAGCAUGGUUUGAAAAGUACAUCGCUGCUGGUGGUAUAGACUCUAUUCCCAACAGAGGUCAAUUUGCUCCACUGGUGCCAGCUUCCAUUUCCUGACUCUGGGUCAGCCCAGGCAGAGCUGUCUGGUUUGGAUAGGGGAACUUUUAGGUAUGGGUGGUGGGGAGCUGCUCCCCAUGCAAAGACUUCCUCUUGUGUUCAUUUUCAAUUUUUUAAAAUGGAAAUAAAUCUGACAUUAGAAAUCACAACACUCAAAAAAUAGGGGAAGAACAUUUUAAUCUUCCAAGACAUUCCACUGCUGAUCUAAAAGUGGCUGUUUCAAACAGAGAAACUUCAAGGGAAAAUUACAAUGUGAGAUUGCUGAAAUGGAGUUUAUUGAUAAAUUCAGAACAAGGACACCUCCAGGGAUUGAAGAAAAACUUAAGAUUCUUUUCUUAAAAAAAAAAACCUUAAGAUUCUUAUCUCAAUAUAGAUGCUAAUUUCUGCUCUAAUCAAGCUGUAUUGUACUUUUACAUCCUGAUGCCCUCCCUUGUAAUAUCCUAACCACCUUUGGCUGAGAUAUAAAGGCUCGGGGAUCUCCAUUUCUACUUGUGUCUGAGGAAGGUAUCUCUGACUCUGGAAAGCUUACACUCUGAAAAUCUUAUUGGUCUCUAAGAUGCCACUGGACUGAAAUCCUGCAUUUUUUUUUAAAUCCAGCCCUUAUAUUCAUCUACCUAUAUAAGCUUGCACAAGGUGGUGCUGUGACAUCACUGAUGAUGCCACACAUGAUGAUAACACCUUCACUUGAAAAUCCUGGCUAUUUAAGGCACAUGCAGAACAAAAUAAACCAACCCCACAACUGUAAAAAUGCAAAAGGAGGGCAGACGUGCAGAAGAUCCAAACCUAAAUGCUUGGAGAUUGACUGCUAAGAAAAUCAGGAAUAAAUCGAGUGUACCAAAAACCCCACUUAUAAACCAAAUAAAAAACAACAGUGACCUAAAGUAGAUGAAGCAAUUUAAACCCUAAAUAUGCUCCAUAAGUGAUGCUUAAUAAUAUUUGAUAUUUUCUCUAGAGCGCUAUACUUCUGGAAAUGAAAGAUGCCAAAACUCAAAGGCAAUGAGAAUAUGCCCUGGCAGUGCUAGACAUUCGUUCAGUAGGUACUUGGGCGAGACCUUCAUGCAUGUACAGUGUGGGUUGGAACCUCAGACUUGGGAAAGCGUUCAUAUUUCACAAGCACUUCUCAAAAACUGAAUUGUCAGCAGUGCAGGAUUCAUAUAGCCAUGUUGCACACAGAUUGUGAUAAAACAGCACUAUCCUAAGUGAAAUGCAUUGCCUCUGUUGUAAUUGAAAUCCAUUGGCAACAGACAUUUUUUAACGAUGUUAAUACAUACUUUAUUAUUAAUCUUCCUUGCUAGGUUAGUGUCGAUCAGCAAAUGAUUAUCAUUCAUUUUCCUGACAAAUUUAUCAAGAUUGUUCAUUAUUGUUCAGCAAAAAAAGGAGGAGAAAGGAUUGUUUUUAAACCAAGAUUAAUGACUUAUUGUUUCCUUGUCAGGCUGACUGAGCAAAAGGAAAUGAAAUUAACAAUGAACCCCAACAAACAUGUCACUAUACUAAUUUAGUGAGAAAAUAUUUUAAAACACUAUUUUAAAACUUGAAUGUUCUUUUAAUAUAUCUGCUGCUGUAGGCACAUAUUUAAUAUAUACAGAGAAAAAACUUCAUAAAUCUGUAGGUUAUGGGGCAGUAAACUUAAAAUCCAGAUUUCAUUUUAUAAUACAUUUUUGUACAUACAAUUUAAACAUACAGAGGAGUUGAUUAAAAGGUUUUUUUUACCAUUGAAGGCAUUCA